AGCGGGAUAGGCGCGGCCCGAACGGCCGCAGGAGCUGCGAGGUGUCGGCCAGUCUCCGCUGCCCCGCCGACCGACUCUCAGACCGGGGCUGUCAGACCAACGCAGUCUCUCCUGCCCUGAACUGGGACCCAUCACCGAGGAGAGCUGUUGCCAACACUGCCCAAGAUGCUGCUGGGGCUGGACCGGGUUCUGGGCUUCCUGCCCUUGGACUUCACCUCGAUGAGAAGCUGCCUGUGGAGCGCUGUGGCCACCCUGCUCCUCAUCUUCACCAUCAAGUCCCUGCUCGAGCUUGCGGUCCUGCUCAGGAACUUCCGCCAGAAUUCCAAGAGGCUGAAAUGCUUUGACGGCCCUCCGAAGCAAAACUGGUUCAUGGGGCACCUUGGGAUGAUCCCCGGUUCAGAGGAAGGGUUAAAUGUGGUGAAUGAAAUCGUCAAAACCUAUGUAACCUGCUGCGUCACCUGGUUCGGCCCCAUCCACCCAAUAGUGAGGCUCUUCCAUCCAAGUUACAUCAAGUGUGUCCUUAUGGCUUCAGCUCCCAUCGCUGUUAAGGACGAGCUCUUCUACGGUUUCCUGAGGCCUUGGUUAGGCGAUGGUCUGCUGGUGAGUCGGGGUGAGCGGUGGUCCCGGCAUCGCAAGCUACUCACCCCCGCCUUCCACUUCGACAUCCUCAAGCCCUACGUCACUAUCUUCAACCAGUCCGUCAGCAUCUUGCAUGACAAGUGGGCUGGACUGGUGGCGGAGGGAGCAGAGUCCCUCGAGAUGUUUGACCACGUCAGCCUGAUGACCCUGGACAGCCUGUUGAAGUGUACCUUCAGCUAUGACAGCAACUGCCAGCUCGAGUCGAGUGACUACAUCAACGCCAUCUACGAGCUGAGUGCGCUGGUGGUGAAGAGGGAACGCUGCCUGCCCCACCACAUCGGCCUGGUGUACAAGCUCUCGGCCAACAGCAAGCGCUUUGACCGGGCCUGCCACCUGGUGCACUCCUACUCCAUGGCGGUGGUGCAGAGGCGGCGGGAGAUGCUGAAGGAACAAGGGGACGACACCAGGCCUCAGUCCAAGCAAGGCAAAGUCAUGGACUUCCUGGACAUCCUGCUGCUGUCUAAGGACGAGAACGGGAAUGGCCUGACGGACGAGGAGAUCCAGUCUGAGGCGGACACCUUCAUGUUCGAGGGUCACGACACCACAGCGAGUGGCAUCUCCUGGACUCUCUACAACCUGGCCAGGCACCCCCAGUACCAGACCAAGUGCAGGCAGGAGAUCGAGGAGCUGAUGAAGGACAAGGAGCUUGCGGAGCUGGAGUGGGACGAUCUCUCGCUGAUGCCCUACACCACCAUGUGCAUCAAGGAAUCCCUCCGACUGCACCCCCCUGUCUCUGCUGUGGCCCGCUGCUGCACCAAGGACAUCAAGCUGCCCGACAACAGGAUCAUCCCAAAAGGGAACACGUGUCUGAUCAGCAUCUACGGAACGCACCACAACCCCACUGUCUGGCCAGAUCCUGAGGUGUACGACCCGUCCCGUUUUGACUCGGCAAACUCAGACAAGAGAGCUCCGUAUGCCUUCGUCCCGUUCUCAGCUGGCCCGAGGAACUGCAUUGGGCAGAACUUUGCUCUGAAUGAAAUGAAGGUGGCGGUGGCCCUGACUCUGUACCGCUUUGAACUGGCCGUGGAUACGUCCCACGAGGUGCGCCGCAAACCCGAGCUCAUCCUUCGCACCGAGAAGGGGAUCUGGCUCAAAAUGAAACCACUGCCGGGGCGGCAAGUCCGGGAAGAUUCCCGGCAAAGUGCGGAAUGAAAUCAGCGGGGCGGGACAGAGAGGGAAUAACGUUUGAUCGGUGGGAGUGGAAAAUGCUGUGACAUUCGUCAUUCCCUUCAUCCUGUAUCUGUACACGGCUUGAUUGUAAUCAUGUCUUGAUUGUAACCAGUCUUUCCGAUGACUGGGCAGCGUGCAACACAAGAGUUUUACACUGUACCCCGGAUCACGUGACAACCAACGAAACCAAACGGAACGAAAUGCGGAUGGAAGUGGAAGGGGAAGGGUCCCUUUGUGCUCUGUCAGCGUGCUGGCGAAUUGUGACUGGGAACUGGAACUAUCUUAUGAGACGCCCGCUUUCUGUAAUGUCGUCACCCCAGAAUCAGCAUCUGUGUUCCCAGAGCACAUAAGGGCCUUGAUCAGCGACUAACUUUCGCCAAUAAUUACUGAAUCGAAUAAAAGCGAAAUAUUUUGACAAUGAA